AUGAAUCUCACAAUGACAAAAACUAAAUCAAAUACUACUUCUACUACUAAACCUAAACCUAGUUUCGGAAGUUUAAUACUUAUCACAUCAAUACUGAUUGGAUUGUUUCUAUCGUUCUUCCCUCCAUACACUAUCUUCUCGUUGGUAUUCUAUCCAGAUAUUGAGAUUCUCCCGUUUAGACCGCAUCCCGUACCGGAUCUAUCGGCUAUAACUCGAUCACUAGACAACCACUUGAUCCUCCUUCAUCUCGGUGAAGACGUUCACGGUCCAGAGUCGAUUGCUUUCAAUAGUAACGGUGACCUCUACUUCUCAACAAAGAACGGCGGAAUCCGCUUCAUAAAGUCACCGUUGGCCAACGGUUUCGUCGAUUUACAAGUGCAACCGGGAUUGAAAGGUGUCAAACUAGAGAGUUACCCUGCUAUCAACACAGGCGGUAGACCUCUCGGUCUGGACUUCGAUGCCGAUGACAAUCUCGUCGUGGUCGAUCCCGUCAAAGGAUUGCUCAAAGCCAACAAGGUGACUGGUGAGAUCUCAUUGUUGACUACCUCUGUCAAUGGAAGCACCCUCAACUUUAUGAACGAUGUCACUGUCAAUCGCCAGGAUGGAACGAUCUACUUUACAAACAGCAUUAGCUAUGCACCGGUAUUUGGAAACAAAGGUGAAUGGGUAACGGAAGGACCAUCGAAAUAUGCAUGUAUGUCAAUGGAGUCUGUCGGUAAGCUUAUCUCUUACAAUCCUAUCACCAGACAAACCAAAGUACUACUUGACAAUAUCGCCUAUGCCAACGGUGUUUCACUAGAUGAAAACGCAGAGAGUGUCUACAUUGCAGAGACAUGUAAAUAUAGAGUUUUAAGAUAUUGGUUAGUAGGUCCAAAAGCUGGAAGAACAGAUGUUGUUAUUAAUAAUUUACCUGGAUUCCCAGAUGGUUUAGAAGUCGGUCCAAACAAUAGAUUGUUUGUUUCACUAUUCUCAAUGAGAUCUCCAUUUUUAGAUAUGAUACACCAAUAUCCUGCUGUUAAAAGAACGUUCCUUUCCAUUCCAUAUCUAUACACUAUAUUUGAUAAACUGAAUGCUGCUGUACUUAUUGCUGAUUCAAAUACUGGUGAAUUUAUGGAACUAUUAAAAUCCUCUACAAAUAAGAUCUCGAGUACCUAUUUCAAAGAUAAUAUGUUAUACAUUGGAAGUAAGUAA